AUGGCACCUCAAAUGGCAUCUUAUCAGACCAACCGGACCUAUUCCUCUAAGGUUCUCCUUCCUGGGGACCCAGAGUAUGAAAUUUGCCGACGAAACAAUCCCAACAGCGACACUCCCGACCUCUUUCCGCAAGAAAUCCACGUCGUUCAUACUGCCGAUGACGUAUCUAAAGCGUUAAAGCGUGCCUCAGAACUCGGUGUCACUGUCGGCGUUCGCUCGGGUGGGCACAAUCUUUUUAACGGUCACCUCAAACAUGGUAUCUUGAUUGAUACCAGUCGCCUGAACCGUCGAGUCGAGUAUGAUCCACUGACUCAGGAGAUCAAUUUCGGCCCUGCUGUUCGGAACGAUGAGCUAGGGGCAGCCCUAGAAAAGGCAAACCGAUUCUACCCACAUGGCCACUGCCCUACUGUGGCUGUAUCUGGAUAUCAUCUUGGCGGCGGCCAAGGUCUAGCCAUGAGAGGAUUCGGCCCCACCUGCCGAGACUGGCUGACCCAGUUGGAGGUUGUCGUUCCUGAUGGGCGCGUCGUCAUUGCUAGUCCUACAGAGAACGAUGACCUAUUCUGGGCUGCACGAGGCGGUGGGCCAGCCUUUCCGGGUGUGAUAUCCAAGUUCUGGGGUCGCACAGCCCCUAGCACAAAGCUGUGGGAGCAAACCAUCACUUUCGACCUCGGGAAAAACUUCAAACCGCUUAUGAAAUGGUUCUUGGCACAGGCCGCGAAAACUCCCAGACUUGGGACAGAAAUCAACUGUGGGAUCGCCUACGAUUCCAAGGAGCGGGCUACCGAGCUACCUGAUCAACCGCCAGCGGAUGCCAGACUGUUGUUUAUUGUGAUGAACAAUGGUAUUGCCGACACAGAGCCCGAGGCAAAGAGCUUGUUGAGGGCGUACGAAGCGAUCCCCGAUGAUUUGCGCUCUUCCGUCAUUGAAAUCAACAAUACUCACCAGAUCUCCAUCAGCGACCUAUUCACUUUCCAGAAUUACCUGUGGACGGCAGACAAUGGCGAAAAAUGGCAGCUGCACGGCCUUUGCUUCGAUGAAUCGGUUGACUUGGAUAGGUUGCUAGACAUUGCCGAACCCAGGCUGACAGACAUUCCAACUAACCACUCAAACACGCUUGCCAUCGUCUGCAAUUUCGAACCAGCUGAGAGCGAGUGCGCCUUCAGUACCCCGAUGUAUCUCUACCUGAUGAGUUUCGCGGGCUGGCAAGAUGAUUCAUCCUCGGUCAAGUUGCGGCAGCACUUCCGUCGUCACUACAAGGACCUUUUGCCUCUCUCUUCGGGCAUGUAUGCCUGUGACUACGACGUCACCUCUGACGAGAGCAACUCAAAACCUAUUUCAGACUCAGCUCUAGACCGGUACCUCAACAUCUGCGAGAAGUGGGAUAGUCAAGGCCUUUUCCCCUAUCGCAAGUUGUAUGUCCAGACCCGUGACAAGAUGAAUGCUUUGUGGGGAAAAUGA